GCCUCUGGGCCCGCGGCCGCCGUGUCGCAUCUUCUUCCCGGUUGAGACUGUGGCGGCGGCGGCCAAGGCCGCCCAGCCCUCCCGCUGCAACCGGGCGCUUCCCGCGCUGAAGCCGAAAUGCCGCCGCCAUCUGGCUGGCGUCUGCUUCGGUUAACCUUGGUCCUGUGCUCCUUCCGUGUCGUCCUGGAAUCCGCGGCGCUGGACAACUCCGCCACAGAUGCUCUGAAUGUCCUUCUGAUCAUUGUGGAUGACCUGCGCCCUUCCCUGGGCUGUUAUGGGGAUAAGCUAGUGAGGUCCCCAAACAUCGACCAGCUGGCCUCCCACAGCAUCCUCUUCCAGAAUGCUUUCGCCCAGCAAGCAGUGUGCGCCCCAAGCCGAGUGUCCUUCCUGACUGGGAGAAGGCCUGACACUACCCAUCUGUAUGACUUCAACUCCUAUUGGAGAGUGCAUGCAGGAAACUUCUCCACCGUCCCACAGUACUUCAAGGAGAAUGGCUAUGUGACGAUGUCAGUUGGGAAAGUCUUUCAUCCUGGUAUAUCUUCCAAUCACAGUGAUGAUUCUCCAUAUAGCUGGUCUUUUCCACCUUAUCAUCCCUCCUCAGAGAAGUAUGAAAACACUAAGACAUGUAGGGGACAAGAUGGAGAACUCCAUGCCAACCUGCUUUGUCCUGUGGAUGUUGCGGAUGUGCCCGAGGGUACCUUGCCUGACAAACAGAGCACCGAAGAAGCCAUACGCUUGUUGGAAAAGAUGAAAACAUCAUCCAGUCCUUUCUUUCUGGCUGUUGGGUACCAUAAGCCACACAUCCCUUUUAGAUAUCCCAAGGAAUUUCAGAAGUUAUAUCCCUUGGAAAACAUCACCUUGGCUCCUGAUCCCAAAGUCCCUGAUGGCCUACCCCCAGUGGCCUACAACCCCUGGAUGGACAUCAGGCAGCGGGAAGAUGUCCAAGCUUUAAACAUCAGUGUUCCAUAUGGCCCAAUUCCUGUGGAUUUUCAGCAGAAAAUCCGCCAGAGCUACUUUGCGUCCGUGUCAUAUUUGGACGCACAGGUCGGGCUCCUUCUGAGUGCCUUGGAUGACCUUCAUCUGGCCAACAGCACAAUCAUUGCAUUUACCUCUGAUCAUGGGUGGGCCCUAGGUGAACACGGAGAAUGGGCCAAGUACAGCAAUUUUGAUGUCACUACACGUGUGCCCCUGAUGUUCUAUGUUCCUGGAAGGACAGCUUCACUCCCACAAGCAGGCGAAAAGCUUUUCCCUUACAGAGACCCUUUUGACUCUAACUCAGCAUUGAUGGAUCCAGGUAGACGAGCUGUGUACCCUGUGGAGCUUGUAUCUCUGUUCCCCACACUCGCAGGACUUGCAGGACUACAGGUUCCUCCUCGCUGCCCUAUUCCUUCAUUUCACGUCAAGCUGUGCAGAGAAGGUCAGAACCUUCUGAAGCACUUCCAACUCUCUGAUGUAGAAGAGGAUCCACACUUCUCUGGUAAUCCCCGUGAGUCCAUUGCCUAUAGCCAGUACCCCCGGCCUGCAGAUUCUCCUCAGUGGAAUUCUGACAAGCCAAACUUAAAAGAUAUAAAGAUCAUGGGCUACUCCAUACGCACCAUAGACUACAGGUAUACUGUGUGGGUUGGCUUCAAUCCUGAUGAAUUUCUGGCUAACUUCUCUGACAUCCAUGCAGGGGAACUGUAUUUUGUGGAUUCUGACCCAUUGCAGGACCACAAUCUCUAUAAUGGCUCCCAACAUGGAGAGAUUCCUCAGUCAUUGAGGCCUUGAGUUUUGCCAGCCAUAGAGGGCACAUAUGUACCCCCUUGCCCCUCUUCUACCUGGGAAAAAGAGGUAUUAGACACAGUCAUUUUGUCGUUGCCCAUUAGAAGUAACUGGAGUGGGAGGUAACCAAAACAUGCAUCAGCAAUUUGGCUUUAAGAUUGUAUGACAAACAUUUUAAUUAUUUUUAUAAAUUUAAAACUGGUAAUUGGAUUUGGGCUAGGCUAAAACACUUUAGCCCUCCUUGCCUCCCUUGCUUGUAAAGCAGUCAUAGCUUUGUCACUUAAUAUGUACAAAGUGAAAAGGAAGUUAUAUUCGCAUAGCUUUGUAUAUAAAGACCAUGCUAACCAAGCAUCACACUAUACUUGGUUGAAUUUAGUGCAUUUUAAGAAGUACCCAUAUGUUAAAUUAAGUUUUCCUCUAGGUUCCUCCUUUUGUUUAUAAGUUACAAAUAUAUCUUUGAAGUCCAGUAUAGUCAAAGUAUGUCAAUAAGAGAUGCACUUCUUUCUCAAAUGUGAAAUUAAAUAAUUCUAGAAGCAACUUACUUUAAAGUCUAUCAUCAAUUUUUUUCUAAAAUUAAAGAUUUUAAAAUGUGAAGGUAAAAUAUGCAUGAAAUCACUAAUGUAUUAUUUUUUUUCCAUCAAAGAAUGACUAAUGUUUAAUAAACUGGAGACUCAUAUAUAGGAAAUUCAGUUAAAUUUUUCCAGUACUCUGGCCCAAAUAAUAAUUUGCUACAACAUAAUAUAACUCUUCAAUUCAGUGGCCAUCUAUUAGAAGUCUGGUAUUCUCAGAGAAAAGCAUUUUCAGAUGCAAUUUUAUCUACUGAGUCACUCAAAUCUUAUUAUUAUUCUUGUUUAGAGAUGGUUGAUUGCAAAUAUCUAUUUAUUGAGGAGGCAUAAAGUACUCUACUUCAUAGUUAUUAAGGAAAAUAUUAAUUUUGUGAAGUUCUAAAUUAUUUUGAAGCUAAUGGAAACUUUUUCAUUAGUAUAUUAUUAAGUAAUUUUCAAUUUUGGGGAUGUAAGUUGUGUAUUUCUUGAACAUGAAAGUAACCAGAUAUGCUUGUAGUAAUAUAAGAUUAGUUCAUAUCAUCUUAAAAGAAAAUGACUGUCCACAGUCAUAUCUAUUGCAUGACGAAGCUGAUCAAUCGUCAGUAAUCAACAGCUUUGUAAAUGUGUAAUGGAGUCAGCCUGGUAUAAAAUGGUUUGUUAUUUUUUUUUCCUUAAAAAUGUCUGUGUUUCAAAUUAAUUUCUUAAACAGAGUAUAGUAAAAGAGAUUGUUACUACCAUGUAUUAAAUUGUAGCCAAAAAGACAAGAUAUUAUACAUGACAGUAAAAUUGGACUAUGGUGGAGGCGUGUGAGAUAAUACAGUGGUCUCCUAGCAUGAAGUGGCUGUCUGAGCAAUGAUUUGUGUCUUGUUUCCUUUAGCUUUACCCCUACUUCACAGUUACAAUGUCAAGUUUGACAAAAGUUUUUAGUUCCCAUCUGUUUGCUGCUCCCAGUUAUCUACAAUAUAUACACUUCAUAUUUUGAAUGUCAAACCUUCCAAGGUCUGCUCUUGAUGAAACCCUAAGCUCAACUCUGUUGUCUACUUGGUAGGCACUAGGCAUGUGUGGCUGUUCAAAUUUAAACCAAUUGGAAUUUCAAAAGAUUUCUGGUCACAUUGUAUUUGAAGCACUGUAGAACAUUUCUACCAUGACAGAAAGUUCAAUUGGAUGGAGCUGCCCUGGAUUGCCUCUGGAUUUGAGCUCGAUCUGUUGACUGCUGGCAAGUCCUUCUUUGAGAUGGCUCUCUGCCCUGCAUUUGCCCACAGACUAAGAUGGAGAGGAGCAAACUGUUUGGUUUAGGCAUAGAGUAGAGAGUUGGCUGUGGCCAUUGGCCUCUUCCUCUCCACUCUCAUCGCCAUUGGCUCUAUCCUUCUUCUCUCCUUCCCACGUAGUUUACCUCCCUCCCUUUUUCCUCCCCUGUUCCUAAAAGAAUCCAUGUGUCUUCCUAAAAUCCCUCUUGACCCUGCCCUUUGAGAACACCGUCAGUGCCUACUAUGGGUCUAGAAAGACCUCCGCUGAGCAGUCAGAGUCUUCCCUGGCUCCACGAUGCCCCUGCCCUUGGUUGACUCUCCCUUGCCAAUCCCUGCCUCCCUGGACCUCCUAGGUUGUGCCUGCUCUUCUUGGCCCCAAUCCAUUCAUGGCCAUUCUCCCCAGUCCAGCUCCCUUGUCCCCCCACCCCCACCCCCACCAAGAGGCCUAGGCUUCAGUGACUCAUUGGAAUGUACUGUGAGAUAAAAUGUAACCGUCUAAGAACCUGGUAUUCACCUUACUUUUGAAAAAAGACAUUUCUUUCCCAUUAUGAAGUUGGUGUGUUAAUUAUAGAAAAUUGGAAAACAGAAAUGUAGUAAGAGGUGAGAAAAUGUGUGAAUAUUUCAUCCUGAGAUUGUCACUUAAUAUCUUGUCUUUUCAGGGAUAUGGCUUUCUUUUACACAUCUGUGAUCCUUCCUUUCUUUCCCCCUAAGUAUUAUGUAUGGUUACUAUGGAGUGUUGUGAAGAUACUGCUGGUAGUAUAUUUUAAUGUAUGUUUUAUUGUAAUUUGUUUAAAUUUAUUUCAAUUGUUAUAAAUUUGAUUAUUUCUAACUGUUCACCAAUACAAAAUGCUUUGAUCAACCUUGUGAAUAAAAUGUUACUUUAGAUUAUUCUCUUAGGGUUGUCUCUCAGUGCCAAGUUGCCAAAAACAACUUCAUUUUCUCCUCAGUCUUUUGCUACCAUAGAACACUAAAAUUGUAAAGCCAACAAGCAUACAAAUAAGAACCACAAGCUCUCCACAAUAGACCCCUAUAAUAAUAGCUGAAAUUGUCCAACUGAUAAUUCUCUGCUUAUUAAUGACACUGGCCCUCAUACUUUAUGUACUCCUUGUGGGACAUUUGCAUUUCCAGUUGUGUGAAUAUGCCUUUAAACUUUGGUUAUGGGUCUCACAUUCUGAUAUAGUCAAUUAAAUUGUUCUCUGCUGUGGUAUCUUUUUUCCUGUACUUUCCUAUUAACCAUGAAUAAAUCCCAUCUGGAGACAGAAUAAAUACUCAUUUUCCUCUGA